AUGGCAAGAACUAAACAAACAGCAAGAAAAAGUACUGGUGGUAAAGCUCCAAGAAAACAAUUAGCUUCAAAGGCAGCUAGAAAAAGUGCUCCAGUUAGUGGUGGUGUUAAAAAACCUCAUAGAUAUAAACCAGGUACUGUUGCUUUAAGAGAAAUUAGAAGAUUUCAAAAGUCAACAGAAUUAUUAAUUAGAAAAUUACCUUUUCAAAGGUUAGUUAGGGAAAUUGCGCAAGAUUUUAAAAGUGAUUUACGUUUCCAAUCUUCUGCAAUCGGAGCGUUACAAGAAGCAGUUGAAGCUUAUCUUGUAGGGUUAUUCGAAGAUACUAACUUGUGUGCUAUUCAUGCUAAAAGAGUUACAAUUCAAAAGAAGGAUAUUCAAUUAGCAAGAAGAUUAAGAGGUGAAAGAGCAUGA